AUGGAGCCUACGAGCAAAAGCAACGCCAGGACUCUAGACGGUGCCGCCGAUGACCACGGUUUAUGCGCGUUUACUUGCGCGCGUGGGUACUGCCCGUCACUCUGCGCUGAUCCAGACUUGGGCCAGGCAACAGAUCUCUGGCAGGCUGGCUACUUUGUCCCAGAGUACAGCAUCGAAGAGGACGACGUCUUUCCCAGCAUUCUUUCCACCGACACUACGUGCGAUCCGAGUGUUAGGCCCCAAACUCUCGAUGAUUUGGUCAAGGUCAUGAAUGACGAUACUUACAACCCUGUCUGCCGAAACCUUUGGGCCCUUCGCAUACUUUCCGACUCUCUUGACAGCUUUCAGGCGGACUACACGGACGCUCUCAGUGGAUACGAUUCCGUGUUCGGCUGCUACGUCGACUACGUCAAGGAGUCAAUCAACCCCCAGCUCACAUCAUACAUGGACUUCGACACCGGGGCAGGUAACAAGUUCUUUACGUGCUCUUGGACCGUCCAAUCCAGGACAAGAGAAGGUCCUUGCCCGCCGGCGGACAAGUUCUGGCAACAGCAAGCGUCUUGGUCAGUGACGUAUACUUUGUCUGAUGCGGAUGGCUUCUACGCCGCCGUCGAAAAAGAUCUUGGCAUCGAGAAGGACUGGAUUUCCUUUGGCAACUGGCAGCAGACGCCAGACAGCGAAUGCGCCGAUGCGCCAGACUGGCGCCCCAAAACACCCAAGAUUAGCUGCCGCAAUCAGCUUCUCUACAAAAAGGGUAUCCCGGUCAGCAGCAACAACGUCAAGGUGUCAAACCCUAAGGACGUUAUUGAGGCGGCGAUGCCGUCGAUCAGCGACUUAUCCAUGCGCGUCUUGAAUAUGUACGUGAUGGCAGGCCUUGGCUACGCGGAGGAUAACAGGUGA